UGGAUCCGAAGGGGAGGGAGGUGGCAAGGCUGAAAGACACAAGCGUCUCCUGGCCCUCCUCAGACUGAAGAGCCCCCCCCCAAAACUCACCGCUUGGCAGCCAACCUGGGGCUGAAACACAUUCAGAGGGGUGGGGUGUCUAAAGGAGGAGGUUCAUAAGAAGGAAAAGUGCUUUCAAUGGUUUUGGCCAACUACCCUUUCGAUGAGUAGGAAGAGCACAGGUCUCAUUUGCAACAGAGAAAACUGAAUGUUUAUUUUGUCCAGGAAGGGGCUUUCAUGAUGACCAGCCUUCUGGUCCCUGCACAGAGAAAUCUAACAGAUAAAGGAAACAGGGUUUAGGCUAACCUAAGCUGUUCCCUCGAACCCUUUUUUAAAAACAUCCAUGGCAUUUUUAUUUUUAAUAUGGGGAAGGGUCACAGCCAGAAAGGGGCUUCCCGCCUCCCCUCUCUCUCCGUGCGAAGAGCUACUGUGCUCUUUAAGGGUUAACAGACGACAACAGAGUCAAAGGAAAGAGAGCAAACGAGGGACGUCCCCUUCCUGCCCCGCCUCUCUGCAAGAAAUGCAGGGUGGAAGCGCUUGGAGCCCCUCUUCGGGCGCAGCGAUGUUGGAGGGCGGGGUUGCACGGGGUGAGCCUCGAAACAAAGGAUACAUCUGGGGGGUCAAGGCUGAGGGAGAACCAUCUGAAGUAUCACUGGAAAAAGCUGAGGAGCACGUGCAGGAGCAGAAACUGAGGAGUCAAGAUGGAGCAAAGAGACAAGAGGAGAGACAGACUCACACAGGGGACAAAUCUUAUAAAUGCUUGAGGUGUGGAAAGAGCUUCAAUCAGAGUAGCCACCUUACUGCACAUCAAAGAUGUCACACAGGAGACAAACCUUAUAAAUGCUUCGAGUGUGGAAAGAGCUUUAGUCAGAGUGGUACCCUUAGUAUACAUGAAAGAACUCACACAGGGGACAAACCCUAUAAAUGCUUGGAGUGUGGAAAGAGCUUCAGUCGGAGUAGCUACCUUACUUUGCAUCAAAGAACUCACACAGGAGACAAACCUUAUAAAUGCUUAGAGUGUGGAAAGAGUUUCAGUCAGAGCGGCCACCUUACUUGGCAUCAAAGAAUUCACACAGGGGACAAACCCUAUAAAUGCUUGGAGUGUGGAAAGAGCUUCAGUCAGAGUGGCACCCUUAGUAUACAUGAAAGGACUCACACAGGGGACAAACCUUAUAAAUGCUUGGAGUGUGGAAAGACCUUCAGUCAGAGUGGCACCCUUAGUAUACAUGGAAGAACUCACACAGGAGACAAACCUUAUAAAUGCUUUGAGUGUGGAAAAAGCUUCAGUGAGAGAUGCACCCUUACGGUGCAUCAAAGAACUCACACAGGGGACAAACCUCAUAAAUGCUUGGAGUGUGGAAAGAGCUUCAGUCGGAGUAGCACCCUUACUUUGCAUCACAGAACUCAUACAAGGGACAAAUCUUAUACAUGCUUGGAAUGUGGAAAGAGCUUCAGGUGGAGUAGCGCCUUUACACAACAUCAAAGAACUCACAGAGGAGACAAACCUUAUAAAUGCCUGGAAUGUGGAAAGAGCUUCAGUCAGAGUGGCACCCUUACUUCACAUCAAAGAACUCACACAGGGGACAAACCUUAUAAAUGCCUGGAAUGUGGAAAAAGCUUCAGUCAGAGCGGCCACCUUACUUGGCAUCAAAGAACUCACACAGGGGACAAACCUUAUAAUUGCUUGGAGUGUGGAAAGAGCUUCAGUCGGAGUAGCUACCUUACUUCGCAUCAAAGAACUCACACAGGAAACAAACCUCAUAAAUGCUUCGAGUGUUGAAGAGCUUCAGUCACAGUAGCAACCUUACUUUGCAUCACAAAACUCAUACCGGGGACAAACCUUAUAAAUGGCUUGAGUGU